AGGCGAGGCACUGGAGCCUAUGCUGAUAAGAAAAACGAAAACGGUGCAGAGCAGGGUUAUCGUCUCCGUGAAACAGACCUGAGAUUAAGGAUUAGUCGCCAAAGAUUACGGAACCAGCAGAAGAAUGAGGAGGAGGCAAUGAACAAAGGCAAGAGUGAAGGCGCUGUGAGCCUCAGAGCGUCUAGUGAGCACAAGCUGAAAAUGAACAAUCUCACUCCAAAAGUGAAUGGUGAGACAGUGAGACGAGAGCUUAGGACUAGAGGGGGAUCAAGAGACUCGGAUAAGUCAGAGUCGAGUACAGAAAGUGGUUCAACUCAGAUAAAGCGCACGAGCUCUCAGUCUCACCUCCACCUGAAUGGUUUAUAUCCCAAAGCAAAGAACAGGAGAUCAAGUUCAGACAGUGCUCAGGAAAAUAUUGAUAUUACCAAUAAGCCAUGUAGCGACUCCAGUAAAUCAAUCAGCCCUGAUAAAUAUCUAAAGAGUGUGUCAUCUAAAGGACGACCCCACACGAGGAGUCGUGUAGUUGCCACAGAACCUACAAUAAAGGAAGGUAAAGUCCAUGGAGAUAUGAGUGUUAAAGAGCCUCUGGAAAAUGGAAAGCUGUGUAAUUCUAAAGGUAUUAAACUACGCAGCCGACGCCAACUAACCACUGCCAUGCAAGAGGUUGGCAAUACCCGUAUCCUCAGAGGGCAACACAAUCGUUCAGACAGCCAAGAUGUCAAGGCUCCUGAUGGUUUUGAUGAAAUAGAGGAAGGAGGGGAUAGUGAUCAAGAGCCAGGAAAAGAUGUGCAUAUGCCAAGAGAAGACGAAUCUACAAGAGUGUCAGGAAAGGACAUGCCAGUGAGAACACUACCUGAAGAAACUACCAGAGAGGUAGCUUCUAGGGAAGUUAAUUGUGGGGAUGUGAACUCAAGGGAAGGUAAAUCCCGGGAAGUGAAUUCUAGGGAUACUGCACCCAGCUCAAACUGUUAUGUUGAUCUCAGUCGGGUGAAGUUAACUGACAGCAUGCAGGCUGAGAUUUUGUCCGAUACCUCCAAGUCAAACCGGAGUGUGGCAAAUGCUAACUCACAAUGUAUGUCUGUUAGUGGGAGACCCCCUCUACGCAGACUACGCAGACCUCCUGGUGAAAAAUGUGAUAAUUCUAGUUUAGGUUACAUUAGUUUAGGUAAUAACUGUUCUAGUAACAUUCUUAACAACAACACUGACAAAACGUCAGAACAAUCACUGCCAACUUCUCAGUUACCUCAGCAGUCUAGUAGUGUUCAAAGCAAGGUAGAAACCUUAGAGCCUCUUAGCAAAAAGGCCAGGCAUUCAAAGUGCAAACAGACAGCUUUAAAAGACAUGGGUAGCACAACCGUUUGUCAGUCUGGUGGUUCAGGAGCAACAGAAACAACUAACCUCUCUCCAGCUAAAGAUGUUUAUGAGUUUGAGGAAGAAGAUGAUUCAACUUCUCCUGGAUCACUUAGAGUUGGAAAAUUAGGCGUAGGUUGCGGUCGGUGGGGCAGGAGCAUAACCAGUGAAUGUAGGUCGUCUCCACAGUGUGAGUCGCCGCCACAUCCCCUGAUUGGAUAUACCCCGUCAUCUCCACCUGCUGCAAUGGUCACCCCAGAGAAAGGUGGGAGAUGUGGGGUUAAACUAAGAUUGCGAAUGAAGCGAUCUCCUGUCUUGGACGAAGUGAUAGAGGUUGGCUCGCACCUCUCUGAUUCAGGAGUAGCAUAUGAGCCAGAGUACGAGGUGUUGACGGUUGAGGGCAUCACAAAUCAGGACUAUCAGACCGAUCACCACCAUCACCACCACAGACGUCACCGAAAGAAACACCGGGAACACCGGCAUCGAUCUGACUCUUCUGAGGGAGAAAGUACAGAUGUAGAUGGAACAGCAUCUCCUAGGCCAACAAUGAAGCGACUUCGAUUAAUAUUAGGUAAUGAGACACACACAAUCACCAUCCCGGACACUCGCUUCGACCACAAAUAGCAUGUAGACCACCCGCGAUCCACUCUCCCUCAACCAACCCAUCCCGUACUCCAGAAAACCACACUUGAAGAUGAACACUACGUAAUUCCAACUGUAUUCCCACAAGUAAAUCCACCCACAAGUGUAGCUCAUCAAGUGCCCCACCGACCGAAUGAUGCUGCCCCUCCCGCACCAUGUAUCAACCAAGUCACAGCUGACUCGACCUUACAUUGUAACAAGAGCUUAUCUGGUGAUCCAGGUCAAUUCUCAGAUGUUCGCCAGAGGAAAAGCGAGCUCACUGUCCAGGGAUGGUCAAGCUGUUGCAUUGUAUAGUAUGUCUUGCUUGACAGAUGUUGAGGUUACAUUUACCAAGUAUCGUGUAAGUUAUUUGUAUGUUGUUUUGUAAAUUAUUAUGUUGUACUUGUCUUUACACGGGUCGCGGGUGCAGAGUUUUUCUUAUUUCCUUUUUUUUAGAAAGCCUUUAUUAAUUUUUUAAUAGAGAAGGAACAAAAGUAAGAAAUUUCUAUGUUCUUCAUAGUAUUAAUGUAAUAACUUUAUUUUUCAUCCUAUAUUAUAUUUCUCAAAGAUUUCUGUGAUUGUGUUACUUUUUUCCACUUUAGAAUUCAUUAGUAUGAGAAUGAGAAUAAUGACCUAGGCAGAACCAUCUGUGUUUGCAGUAAAUCUAAAAGCACUUCCGGGAGCAAUAUCUCGGGUUUCGUAAAGGUUUGACCAAAGUGUAAAGCAAUCACUCUGAAGGAUCAGCGCACAAUAAAUGUCCCAAGCCAGUUGACUAGUUGUGGAUAGCAUGCUUUGGCAGAAAAAAGUUUAUGAUUUCCUAGGAAAAGUCUAAAUGGAUGGAUUGAUUUAUUGUUGAUGAUAAUUUUAGAGAGUAGAAAGAGCUAUGCUGCAAAGUCAAAACAGCUGAGUGGUUGUAAUACAGUGUACUCUGCUUUUGUGACCCAGGAUCUUGUAUAUGACAAUAUAGAGGAUAAGAUCGGUAAGGAAGCUGUAUAUUUAUCAGAGUGAUGUACAAAUGUCCCAGGUUACAGAUGGAAAGCUUUAGGGUACAAACAGGGUCAAAAUAUUCGUGGCUGGACUGCUGCAGGCCAAACCUCUUUGACAGGCCUCUUUUAUUUACACUUGAUCGGCACCAUUCCACUCCUGUCUCUCAUGUCAUGACUUUUGAAAGAUGACUGUCAAUACUGUGUAUUGAUGUUUGAGUACCAAUGAUUGGUAGCUCUUAAACGGUGGUGUUAAUAAAAGUUGUAGAAGUGAA